UCAGGAAAAAACAUACAUAAAAACAUAGGGGUCAAACUGAGAGCUCCUUUUUUUAGUCGGUUCUAGUACUGAACCCUUCUCCUAAAUGUAGCGCAUACCUCUCUGAAAACCGCUUUAAAAUCGAUUUAGCCAAACGCGAGCCAAAAUCUAAACAAAAGUAACAAACAAACAUACAUACAUAAAAACAUACGGGUCAAACAAUUUCUUGUAUGCUUAAAAUCACUACUCAACAAUAAUGUAAGUAUAGCAUAUUGACCGAGAGUCCGUUAAGACGCCAGAAACAUGGCGACCUACACUAUAAACUAAGUCCAUAGAAAUAGGAUAGUAUAGAACGACUGUCAAACUUCAAAAGUGUGACCAAAAAUGAAAUGCAAGUGUUCGGCUCCUUAGUUUACCUCAACAAUAUCGAAAUUUCCUGUAAACAGUUUGGAUCUAUCACAACAAUACACAAAUAUAAAACUGUUUUUUUGCGCAAUUUAGACGAAAAUUGCGUUUUUGUUUGAUUAUACAUUGGACAUGUAAGCUUAUUUUGCAAGAAAUUUUGGGAGUAGUGCCUUUUUAAUAGGCGUACGAUAUUUUCUUCAUCGGUACGAUAAUUUUGACACUCAAUGAUAAUUCUCUUCCACUCACCUGGCAACACUUUGUUAAGUCACUGUCACUACGAUUAGUAUUAUAGAUAGCCAUAAUAUCUCCAAAAAGCAAAUAGUCACUACGUUCUUCAGUAUCUCUUAUGAGUCUGUGCUACAAUGACCCGCAAGAGGUUUUACCGCAACACUGGCAUCGUCCAGAGCGACAGCAAGUGGGAAGUGACGCUGGACCACCGGCGACUGAAGACGCCGAACGGCAGCGUGCUGUCGGUGAGCAGCGAGCCGCUGGCGCGCGCCGUCGCCGCCGAGUGGGACGCGCAGCUCGAACACAUCACACAGCCCACCAUGCACCUGGUAAAGAGUGCAUACAUUCCAAAUUUCCAACUUAUCCUAAUAUCCCACAUAAAUAUGACGUAUGGUCACCCUAAUUAGAACGAAAUGCAAUGC